GUGGGUCAGUGAGAGAGACUGACAUCAGCGGACAGAGGGAAAGGAAAGAGGAAAGAACGAAGAGAGAGAACCAGAGAAGUAGGAUCACUACAGGAGGUCUUCCCUGGGGAAGCCCCUCCCACGCAAGGAAGUUCUGUGAGUGGCAUGUGAUGAUGUCCUAUGAAGCUCUGCCCUGGAGCUGAUGUUCCCGGACGUUGGGAGACUCCGGAGACAAGGCUGGGAGACUCCGGGGCAGACUGUGGGACCACAGAGUCCCGUUCCCGUGCUGGGAAUCCACUCUGAUCACCUCCGUUGCUCCCUCCCUCCCUCUGUGACCCUUCCCAUCUUCUUGGUCAGGUAUACCGCGGAGUCCUGUCCUUACAGCAACCAUGUCCAGCCGAAGAAAGUCGUUCACUCCCUGCAUGGUGUGUGUCAGUGAGGUAGCAGCGGACAACCCAGUGGAAAUGGAUGUUUUGGAUGAAAAGGUGGUGGAGGACCAGUCCUUCCCUCUCCAGCAUUCAGAUCUACAGCAAGUGUCACUGAGGGAGGGUGGGGCUGAGGGUGUGGAGGAGCGGCAUUGGGAAGGGACAGGAGGGAAGAUUGAAGACAAGCAGCAGGGUCGGGACUACCACUGUAAGUACUGCUCCUUUUCCACCCCCCACCUCAACGGCUUCAAAGAACACGUGUACGCCGCACACCCUAACGUCAUUCUGAACCCUUUGUACCUGUGUGCUGUCUGCAACUUCAGCACCAAGAAGUUUGACUCCCUCACAGAACACAAUGAAACACAGCAUCAAGGCGAGAGCAAUUUCAAGUUCAAGCGCAUAAAACUUGACAACCAGACGAUCCUAGAGCAAACUAUCGAAAAUGAGGAUAGUUCAAACUAUCCAGAUAUUGAGCACAUGCAAGAUGAUGAUGAUGGCUUUGACUUUUUACCCUCAUACCCUAAUUUCCCAAAUAUUGGAAAGCCACUGGUGGAUAACACUGAAGCCUUUAUUAAUGGAAAUGAGGUUGAGAGUCAUUUAGAUCUAAUGUUGAAGGAUCAGAUUACAGCAGUCAACGUAAAUGGGACACUGAUCAUCCCUGAGCCUAUGGUCCUGCAAGGACUCUCCCAUGUUAUGCCUCUCCUGCAGCGCCCACCCAACCUCAACUCUGUUCCCACAAUCGCUGUUCCUCUGAACACAAGCAAGUACAAUCCUCUUUUGGACAGCAACACUACACUCAUCACGUCUUUCAACAGGUUCCCCUACCCGACUCACGCUGAGCUGUCCUGGCUCACUGCUGCCUCCAAGCAUCCCGAGGAACAAAUCAAGGUGUGGUUCACUACCCAGAGACUGAAGCAAGGCAUCACAUGGUCACCUGAGGAGGUAGAGGAAGCCCGCAAGAAAAUGUUCAAUGGCUGCAUGCCACCCUCUCAUCACACAUUCACCAUUUUGCCUACACCUGUACGCGAGCCAGUCACCACCAGUACGUCUGUUGCACCAGCUGCCUCAUGCCAAGUCAUUGGGCAACCCAUCAUGUCAUCCGCUGUCUGUACAACUGUCACUGUGACUACAGUAAAUAGUAUGCAGAAUCUCAAGCGCUCCUUGGGAACCCCAACAGUAGCCCAGGAGGUGAAGCGCCCCAUGAUUCCCCCAGAAGAACACAAAGAGAAGCUACGUAUGGCACCUCCACCAGUCCAUUCCCUAGAGAGAUUACCCAUGGCUCCUCCUCCCGUACCCCCAGACAAUAAGAGAACCAUGCUCCCACCUUCCAAUGUCCCAGACAUGAAAAGAGCCAUUGUCACCCCAUAUGUCUUGCCCAAGGGGAAAUCGCCAAUGGUAUUUCCUCCUAUACCGCCAAAAGACAGGGUACCCAUGGCACCCCCUCCUUUGUUAACCAGAGAAAGACUAUCUAUGGUGCCUCUAGUGUCCACUGACCUGAAGAGAUCUCUGGUUUCCCCAAAAACAAGAAAUCAAAUCCCUGCAUCAUCUGUAAUUUCUAAAGAUAAACUUUCAUCUUUACCUACUGAUGUAAAUUUGCCCUUAGUGCCCCCAUUGGUGACUUCUCAAGCAAAGAGACCAACAAUCAUUCAGACAGCUCGGGCCAAACCUGUAGCCCCACCCCUGAUUCCCACUUUCUCUCUGGAGUGUAAACCACUAGAGCCGUCAGUGGAGCAGAAGCCCACAGGUUCAGAGAGUCGACCCUCAGAGAGUCAGAAUAGCAAUGGAGUCCCCUGUGGGGACGGUAAAAAUUGGUUUACUGACCAGAGUGCACCUGCCCACAAUGGUUCACGGCACUUAAACAGUGAAUUUGCUCCAAAGGAGCGUCCAAAAAUGGUCCCAACCCAGUUCCCUCUCCUGGAAAGAGUGAAGGGAAAAACUGCUGAGCAGCUAAAGGUUUUAGAAGAGAGUUUUCAGAGGAAUAGUUUCCCGUCACACAAUGAGGUUGACCACAUCGCAAUUACCACCAGACUCUCCAGAGAGGAGAUUGACAGCUGGUUCCUCGAACGGCGAGCACUUAGAGACAACUUGGAAAAAGCACUGUUGAAUUCCAUGGGCUCUAAGAGGACUGAAACAGCAGAGAGGAGAUCACAUCCACAGCACCAGCAUGCAUUGCUUAAUGGAGUUCAUAAACAAGGAGGCCUACCCAUGAGCCCUUUGCCUCCUAUAAUUGCACCCACCUCAUCCUCUGUGCCUCUGGACAGGAAGUCCCUUAACCUCCUCAAAGACGUCUUUGUCCAAACACGGUGGCCUUCACCUGAGGAGUACAGUCGCUUGGAGGCGCAGACAGGCUUGGCUCGUGCAAACAUUGUCCGGUGGUUUAAAGACAGCCGUCUGUCCCUGCGUAGUGGCGCUGGGGAGAAGAAGGCGUUCUUACACAAUCUGAGCAGCGGUGAGCAUAAUGGGCGGCUGAUCAUAGAUCAGCCCUGUAGCCUUGCUCGGUCAGGCCAAGAACGGAAGAUGCCGGGAGGAGAGUGCGCCAAACUAAGCAGCCAAGAGAUCAAAGACUGGUUCAAUAGUCCGCUGGGCCAUCGCAGACCCGACGUGGGGAGAAAUGGUGGUCAGAAUGGAGGUGGUGGACAAGACUGUGGAGGCUGGGGGGAGGAAGCUGUGGGAGUCAGAAUGGCGUCACAAGAGCUGGUCUCAGAUACGGACUAGGACACAGGAGUAAGGGGCAGAAACAGAGGGUAGGAACUGCUACCGCUGUCUUUUGGGGGAGUUUUUUUUGGGUUUUUUUUUUUUUGUGCACAGAAGUGGAAGAAAACAAAGAGGAAUGGAGGCGUACUCCGGAAUACUACGCUUUUUUGGAACCAAUGAUUUCACUCUUUCCCUCUUUCGCUGCACCAGCCGGCACAUGGCGCCAAACAGGAGCAGAAGGAGCGCCGUCACAGAGGGGCUGCGGGAACGUCCUCUGAGCCUUGCUGGAAUGUUGUGGGAGAAUUGUUGCCGCAACAGUGGGAGGGGACGGGGGGACAGGGGGACACCGAGGACAUGGAGACCAUUGAGUGCCAAAGCUGGAUUUGCUGCAAACUUUCGCUUUAAGAAAAAAAAAAGGGUUAUUGUAAAUAUUUUUUUCUGUCUGCUGCAGAUUUGUACAAUUUUGGGGAUAAUUUUGUUACAUUUUAUAAUGGGAGCAAGCAGUCCCAGUUUUUGCUCUGGCUAGUCUUUCAGUGGACACAUCCCGCAUUUUGUAACACCAUGCACCACUACAAACAUUUGCAGUACGUCAGGCAGUUCUGCAGAGCCGGACUUUCAUUACUGUUUGUCUUUGGAGGGACUUCUUUGAAUCUGUGCAUUUAUUGACUGCUUUAAGGUGCUGUUAUAUUUUCUGGAUAUUACUCGCCGUUGCUUUUGCUAUAAUUACAGUUCUUACAGCGUGACAUUUUGAACACAAAACAAAAGGAAAAAAUAACUUUACUGUUAUACACACUGAUGGACAACAAUCACACACACAAUCUUAUCUCAUGUGUCUACAUCAUGACAGUUUAACCUGUAACUCCUCUGUUGCAAAUCUGUUCUGACAUUUUUAGGAAAACACACAGCAUUUGCCAGCCUUUGUAUGUGUUGGCUUUGUAAACGUAGUGAUAGUUCAACUCUGACUGUAGAAAAAAAACAAACCUGGUACCAGACACACGCUCAUAUGUACUGCUUCUGUAGUGUCAGCAUCACAUAUAUUAGAAAUACUGUACCUAUACCGAGGUCCUGCUUGCUACUCUCCAAAAGACAGAUGUUGUCUGCUGUAAUCCAAUAAAACACAGCCUUAAAGAUAA